GCACGUUUGGAGAUCCUGCAGGUCCUCAGACAGAGAGAGAGAGGAGCCGCUGCUGAAGAAAGGAACACGUUCAUUAUCUGGAGAUGAAGUAUCCCGCGUGUGUUUACUUUAUUUGGGGUUUCCUGUGUGUGUCUGUGAUCCCCGUGUCUUUAGGUGAAAUGUACACGUCGCUGCUGAACGUGAGGCAGGCGAUCAGUGUUGAACGGAAGCUGAUCGAUUACCUGAGAACUUACAUUGACCACGAGAUGGAGAGACUGGAGGACAUCAAGCGCUUUUAUGCCAAAGUGUCCGACCUUCACGCUGACCUUUACAAAGGCCCAGCGACUGCGAUGGCAAACCCUCUGGUGGCAUUCACCCUGAUCAAGCGGCUGCAGUCAGAGUGGCUGAAUGUAGUUUACAGCAACGAAGCCCAGGAGAACGCACAAGCUCUCAGGUCCAGUUACGAGGAGGAAGAGGCUGAUCUGCCCAAACUGGAGGACCUCCAGGGGGCCGCCAAGGGGCUGAUGAGGCUGCAGGAUGUGUAUGCUCUCCAAGUUGCGAGCCUCGUAAGGGGCCGUUUCCAGAGAGUCACUAAUGGCAAACCUAUUGAUAUCUACCUGCCUACAGUGUCUGUCCCGCUGUCUGGUGAUGACUGCUUUCUGGUUGGAAAGGCCUGUCUACGAGGACCCCACCUGGAAACGAUUCCCUCAGACCACCAGAGCAGCUCGACAGCUUCCCUUGUUGAAGACAGCAACCCUCAAACCAUCCCUGAGAGAAUCUCCCCUCCACACAGAGCGUCAAAUUCUUCCCAAGAAGAAGUGUCUCCUCUACAUUCACCACUACCAAAGAUGUCUGAAAACCAUACAGACUCUGAGCCUGAGGAGGAAAAGGAAAGACAAAACCACAGGGUUGCUGUGUGUGAGGAUGAAGUCGAAGGUGAAGAUGGGACAGGUUGCACACAAGAUGAGGAAGCUUAUGAUGAUGAUGAAGAUGAAGAUUACGAGGAGGUUGUGGUGAAGCCGAGGCCUCUAAAUGAGGUGACCUCUUUAACAGACAAAACCAGUCCUUGGACCAGCAUCCUGUCAGAACCUGACCUGGUUUCUCUGGAGAGCAUGGAGCCACCAGAGGAGCUGGAUCAGAGCGAGGAGGACGAGGAGGAAGAGAGGAGCCACAUGUUAAAUCUGCAAACUUAUAACUGCAGUGGGAAACACAAAUGCGUCAGACAAGAGGAAAGUGACAGCUGUAAUGGAUCAGCAGGAGACGCUUCAGACACGGAGCGAGAUGGUGAAAGGACACUACUAGCUUUAGAUGAGAGACAAGCAGACGAACCCAACGGCCUCGACGAGAGCUCAGCUGAUGGAACAACAUCACCCACCACACAGCAUGCCACAGAUUCCCAUGAUGCUUCAUGCUUCCUUGACAAUCAAGAUGUUCCACUUCAACCCUCGGCCCCUGUGGAAGUCCCCAAUUUCUUCCUCCCCUCUCACCAGCUGGAGGCAUCUAUGAGAGUCAUUCGUUUAGCUCCGUUUUUUUCCCAGACGGCCAGUGACCCGGGGCCGAUCUCUGCAGCUCACAGCAUUCCACAUCACAGAGGUCCCCGACAGCGUCCUAACCUGUCGCCAUCAUCCCUGAGGAAAGAGACUGAAAGAAUAGCAAAAAUAUUUGCGGCUCAUUUUGAUGACAGUCACUAGUACGUGGUGAUUUUGUUAGCCAAACAUUUGUACAGCUCAGUGGUUUCAGAUCAUGUAAAUUAAAUGCAACAUUUUGUAUUUUUAUAAAUAAAUAUUAACUGUUUUCAACACUUGA